UUUAGUUUCAUUCUCCCUCACAAUUUGAGGUUAAAAACGUAUUAAAAGCAUUGUAACUUACGUAAAUUAGCCUGUUAGAUUUCUGCAGCCUUAGCGAGCUAGGUAAACCUUUGGACACAGCAUCUUCGUCUGGAUGAUUCUGUUCUGUUUCAUGGAUACAUUUGUGAAGGAGAAACUGAAAGAGUGGAAACUGGACUCUCUGAUUCCCAGGUUUGAGCUUGAAGAAAUCGACAAGGAGAGUUUUAUAUUACUGGAUGAUGCUUCCAUUGCGGCGCUAGUUCCAGUAAUUGGACCCAGACUGAAACUGAGGUCACACCUCAGAAAACUAACCGAGUUUAUUCAGUCUUCAAAGGAUCCUCAGCAUGAGCUGGUUGAGUAUGGCCCUACAGCAGGACCAUCAAUGGACCAGCAGCAUGAGGCCAUGUCUUCAGGACAAGGAGAAUUGUUUAAAAUUAGGGAGGCCCUCAACAAAACACCAGAUGGUAGAGACAUAGUGUGCAGUCUUGACACAGAACAGUGCCUCUCGCUUAAGCAGCGGAGGGCUAUGGUUCGAAUCCUAGUGUCAUAUCUCAUCGAGCGGUUUGGAGAGACUCCAUCAUCGGAAACAAAGAAAAACAUGGCCUCUUCUUUGGUGACUGAAUUUCCAUGUCUAAAAGAUCAGCAUGGGAAUGGCAAUGAAGCAUGGUAUAGUCCAGGUCGAAACCACAGACCAGCAACUGGCUUCAUUGAAGAACGUUUAAGAAAUGUACGGAAGAGGCUCCGUAGUGGAACGAGCAGACCUAGCCAUGUGGAGAACAACGUAAUCAGUAGUUUGGUUUUGCCAGAGACUGAAAUAUCUGAUGAGAGGGCAGAGGCAAUGAUGGAGUGGCUAAAAAAUAACAUCAGACCCCUAAGCCAAGUUGAAGAAUACAUGAAGCAGACAGCCAUCCAUAGAGCUAAGUGGAUAAGGGAGCAUGGGUCAAAGACCAUGGAAGAGAUCAAGAGAGAGUAUCCACGUCUGCUGGAUACACCAGGAAUGAUUGCUCAGGACUUUUCCAUUUUACACCCAGCCUGUGCCGGGAAACUUGCAGAAAAGUGGAUGCCUGUUUUCAAAGACAAAAUUUUACGAUUUGCUAGCCAGGAGAAGCAAGCUUCUGGAAUUAUUUCCAAAGUGGAUUCUGUGUGUACAGAUGCACAAGGUGAUAUGGCUUUGAGAUUAUUGCCAGUAAUCCUUCCAGCUUCUGUCUAUAGGAUUGGUCGGAAGAGCUUCCGUCCAAGCUGUGAAGAAACAAAAAAAUCAUUUAUUGAUCUGCAACCAGUUGGGACUAAUAUGGUGGAAUUCCUGUCCGAGGCACAAGGCACAAGACCUUACCCGUUUGUUUUGGCUCUAGGUGAUGAUCAGCGUUGCUCACAAUCAUUUGUGGUCAUCAAUGGGGAGGCCAUGGAGCAGAGUACACUUAUUGGAGCUGUUGAUGUUUGUUUUAAAGCAUACUAUGUCUUUGACAUAAACUACCCCAGACAGUGUUCUUCAGUGUGGGAGUUUUUACAGACUGUCGUCUAUGAACUGCCAGGUCAGGAAUCUCCCUCUGUAAGACUUUUGCGGGCAUUUAUUUUUUCCACCCAGUAGUGAAGCUCGUUUGCAGCUCCUUUGUAUAUUAUACAUGUUUGUAAAAAAAAAAAUGUUGUUACUGAGAUGUUUUUGUUGAUGUAAAAUAGAGAACGGUUGUUGUUAAUUAGAAAUGUUUAUGAAAUGAAGAAUAGUUGAUGAUGAGAAAUGUUGAUGAAAUGGAGAAUGGUUGAUGUUAAUAUAUGUUGAUGAGAAAUGAUGAAAUGUUGAUGAAACGGAGAAUGGUUGAUGUUAAUAUAUGUUGAUGAGAAAUGAUGAAAUGUUGAUGAAACGGAGAAUGGUUGUUGGUGAGAAAUAAUGUUGAAAUGAUGUUAAUGAAAUGGUUAUUGAGAUGUUGUUGAGAAGAAAUGGUGUUAUGGUUUUGAGAAAUUACUUUGUUGAAAAAUUACAAAAACAAUAAAGCAUUUUAUUGUUAA